UAAGUCGGAUACGUUUCCUCUAGCACAUCAGGUCUUUAUUAUGAACCUGUUGUGAAAGAUAAUUCGAGAUUCUUUUUCAUUUACCGGUGAAUCACGUUUCUCUUAGCAGAGUUUAGUCAUCAACAGAAAUCUAGAAUAUACCAAAUAUGAUGCUUCUUUUUGUGUUGGCCUUUGUUGUUGUGUGCGCGAUUUUGAUGGCACUUCUCUUCAUAUACAUAACAUCUGUAACAUAUGCUAAGGUUGUUAGGUUCAAAGAAGAAAAUUUUUAUUUGAAUCCAAAAUCUGUUGAAAAAGAGCCCUUUCCUUCAAUUGAGGAUGAACCAACUGUACUGCUUUCAGUAAUUGUACCAGCCUACAAUGAAGAGAAACGAUUACCUGCCAUGUUGGAGGAAUGCCUUCACUACCUGGAAGAAAAACUGAAAAUCAACCCAGAAAAUACAUUUGAAGUGAUCAUUGUGGAUGAUGGAAGUACUGACAAAACCACACAAAUUGGCCUUGGUUAUUCAGAAAAAUAUGGUUCUGAUAAAGUUAGAGUGCUGACUCUGUCCAACAACAGAGGGAAAGGUGGUGCAGUGCGUUUGGGAAUGCUUAGUUCUAGGGGAAAACAGUUGCUGUUUGCUGAUGCUGAUGGAGCAACAACAUUUGAAGACAUUUCUAAGCUUCAAGAAAAUUUACAACAACUCAUUAAAGGUCAAACCAGGGAUGCAGCAUUAGGUCUUGUCUGUGGUUCUCGGGCCCAUUUAGAAAAAGAAGCUAUAGCUUCUCGUUCCCUCUUUAGAACACUCUUAAUGAAAGGAUUUCAUCUUCUCGUGUGGCUGUUUGCCGCUCGAUCAAUUCGAGAUACCCAAUGUGGUUUUAAACUCCUUACGAGACCGACUGCCAAGUUGUGUUUUCCGAAUCUUCAUAUUGAGCGAUGGGCUUUCGAUGUCGAACUUAUCUACAUAGCAGAGUACUUGAACAUUCCUACAGGCGAAGUUUCGGUUAGAUGGAUGGAAAUUGAGGGUUCCAAAAUUGUCCCUGUAUGGAGUUGGUUACAAAUGGGCCGUGAUUUACUUCUAAUCUGGUUCCGGUAUACCACAGGAGCGUGGAAAAUCCGUAUACAUUCAUAAAGUUAUAAAGAUUAAUAAACUGUUGAACUGAA